GAAAAAGUUCAGCUGGCUUUCUACUUCUCUGUUUCAUUAUAAAGUACAACGAGCUGCACUGAAGCCACGUCGGAUUUUAAACAUUUUCAGCUAAGAUGAGUGCAGCCUCCACACCGGUCUCCCGGGUACGACAAGGAUGGACGUCAUCCUCCUUGAAGAACAAGGGUCUGUCCCCUGCAGCCUGCAGCACCCCGCUGCUAGCAGCCUUCCCCGGCAACGAUGAUGAGCAGGAGAGACGUCAGCGUCGUAGGUCAAGAGUAAUUGACCUUCAAGCUGCUACGGACUCCUCCUUUAAUGACUCUACAUCUCAUAGUGCUGUGGGGACUCCUGCUGCUGUGCCCAAGUUGUCAAAUGCACAGAUCUCAGAGCAUUACUCCACCUGCAUCAAGCUCUCCACAGAGAAUAAAAUAACCACAAAAAAUGCCUUUGGUCUGCACCUGAUUGAUUACAUGGCUGAUAUUCUCAAACAGAAGGAUUCUGAGCUCACAAACUUCAAGGUAGCAGCUGGCACUUUGGAUGCCAGUACAAAGAUCUAUGCUGUCAGGGUGGAUGCUGUUCAUGCUGAUGCCUACAGGGUGCUGGGCGGCCUGGGAGCUGAGACCAAACCCGGAGAGGACCAUGGUUCAAACCAGCAGGAGGGAGAUGAUGAAGGAGGCGAGGUGACUGCCAAGCAGCCGAAGAAAAAGAGGCCGCCUAAGAGGACGGUGGAGCAGAACCUGAGUAACAUCAACAGUGCUGACUCUGAGAGGAAGUGUGAGGUGGACCCCAUGUUUCAGCGGAUGGCCGCGUCCUUCGAUGAGAGCAGCACAGCAGGCGUUUUCCUCUCAGUCCUCUUCAGUGAGAACAAUCGCUGUGAGCUGCUGUUUCCCUCCUACAUGACCCUGCUGCAGUCCACCCCCUCCUACUCUCCUCCACCUCCACAGGGAGUCCCCGCGUCCCCGUUCAUGGCCGGACUGGAGCGUUCCCAGGAGAAAAGCUGCAUCUGCCCCUCACUGGAGGACUUCUCCUUCACUAGCUGGAACCCCGAGCAGACCAUGAAUCAACUCGUGGAGAAGAUGAAGCACGGCGAGCACGUGUUUGACGUCAACGCAGAGCCUGAGCCCGAACCCGAAGAAGACGACUGCCCCGACUUUGACGGCGACUACGAGGACGGAGGGGGCGACUGUGAGGAGGGAAACAAAGAGUACAAGGACGGCUGUGAGGCCUCCGGCUCUGGAAAAGGAAGGGACGUCAUUCCCAUCGGAGAGGGAGACAUCGCCACUAUGUGCCUUCAGUUGUCCUCUCAGCCCAGGGAAUAUUCCUACUUCAGCCCCAGGACCAUGGCAACAUGGGCUGGACCCGGCUACUGGCAGUUCAAGCCAAAGCACAAGUUGGACCAUUUGCCUGACAAGGAGACACGAAAGAGGAAGCCAAAGAAGACAUUUGAAAUAGACUUCAACGAUGACGUCAACUUUGACACCUACUUCCGCACCACACGGGCUGCCACCACCAUCACCAAGUCUGCUCUCAGCACCAGCACUAAGAAGACCACUCUUCCAGCAGACUUCCAGUUCCCCCCAGAGACGCUCUCACAGCUUGGCCUUAAACCCUCCAGCUCGUUAUGUAAAGAGGGUCAGAAGAGGCUGUCCGGAGAGCUCGGAGAAGGCAUCGGAGACUACGACUACAACAACGCCAACGACACAGCCAACUUCUGUCCAGGUCUUGAGGGAGACAGUGACGAUGAUGUUGAAGGGUUUGCUGGUUCAGACGACACACAGCCUUCAGGUGACAGUAUACCUCCGCCCUCGCAAGAUUCGGAGGGGGUCUCCACCUAUGGGGAGGAAGAUCUGGUACCUGAACCACACAAGGUCAACAAGAUUGAGAUCAACUAUGCUAAGACAGCUAAGAAAAUGGACAUGAAGAGACUGAAGAGCAGCAUGUGGACUCUUCUGACUGAAAGCCCAGAAAAACCCACCAAGGAGGUAGAAACUGUGGAGACACCCGAGGUGUGUGGGGAGAAGGUCUUCAGUCAGACCACAAAGACACUGCUUCAAAGACUGCCCAACACGAUGGCUCAGAACCUGUCAGUACCUUUGGCAUUUGUCGCUUUGCUUCAUCUUGCCAAUGAAAAGAAUUUGGAGCUGGUGAAUGUUGAUGACAUGUCAGACAUCAUCAUCAAACAAAGCCAUUGAGGAGAAACUAAUGAUGAGAUCUUAUAUGGAGAAUUGGAGCCAUGCUUUUAUUCUAUUCUGUACUAUUUCCUCUCCUUCUGUGUAUAAUGUCUCAUGUUUCUCUGUGACACCUUUUUUUAUAAUGUUUUUUAUCUAUUUUCUGGCAAAUAUCUAAUAAGGGACUUUUCAAAAGUCAACUCUGCCUACAUCCAUGAAAUAGUGUUUUAAACCUUUUGUCUUUCCUUUUAUUCUGUCUGUUUGUCCUGUGUGUAGAUAACUUCACCACUC